ACAAACAUAGAUACGUCGUCAAUAGUAAAACAAUAGUUCAUGUCUCGGACUAAACAACUAAAUAGACGCAUCUCCCUCCACAACAAGCAGUUCUGUAGGAACUGAAUUCUCAAAAUAUGUCGGCGACGAACGCGAUAGAAAAUCUGAAUUUGAGGGGUCUCUCAGUCACGUGUCGCCGCUGCAAACACAUGUAUAAUGAUGAAGAUCACCAACCGCGCCUCUUGCCAUGUCUACAUGACGUAUGCCUUGACUGCCUGUGCGAGCUGGUAUUUGAUGAGAUUUUGAUAUGUCCGGAAUGUAAAUUGUCCCACGAGACGCCGGAUAAUGACGUCACUUUAUUUCCUAAGGAUCCCAUGAAGAUGGCACAGACAUCGCAAAACGCAGAAGCCCUUACAGAAGUUUUCUGUGACUUCUGUGAUCAAGAGCCCAAGGCAUCACAUCGCUGCAUGGAUUGUCUUGAUAAUCUCUGUUCAGAGUGUCUGGCAAUUCAUAAGAAGUACAAAAAGUACCGUUCUCAUGACAUUGUUUCAAUGGAAGAGUAUGCAAAGCUGCAACAACAUCAUGUUAAGACUGCCUCAAAAUGCACAGCUCCCGGACACUCCAAUGAGGAAAUGAAAUUCUUCUGCAGUGAUAAAGAUUGUGAGCGAUGCCUCUGCUCGUUAUGUGUUAUUUCGCAUAUCGAGGAGAACCAUAGAGUGCUUAAAAUUGACACCGUUUUUGAGAAUAGAUUGAGAAACAUUAAAGCCAUUGAAGCAGAUUUACUGCAUCAAAGCGAAAAUGUGGAUGCCGCCAUAGAAACAAUCAAAGACGAGAUCAACAACGUAGACAAAAUGUCAGAGGAGGCUUUGAGAGACGCCAAUGUCACGUAUAAUCACGUGAUCAAACAACUCGAACAGAGAAAAUCCGAUGUAAAAAAAUUCAUCCAGUCAGAGCGAGAGAGGAAGAAAAUGACUCUAACAGAACAACAGAAGGGAUUCCUGAUGGGUAAACAUGCUAUAGAUGAUGGCAGAAGUUACCUAAAGAAUAUUUUGGAAAGUGGAAAUAAACUAGAAUUCCUCAAUCUUGAACGACUAAUUCGGGAACAGUUUUUGAGACUAGCAAAUGAGAAUCAUCAAUGUAUACCAUGCAUUAACCCUAUAAUCCGUUUUUCUUCUUUCAACAUGCUUGAAGAACUUGAGGAAAGAAUUAAUGUCUUAGGCACUGUUGUCUUUUCGAAUGCUUAUGCAUCUUACACCAAAAUGAAGAUUCCUUCUUCCACUCAUGUUGGCGAGACCUUUGAAGUCAGUAUUCAGUUGUUUGAUCAAUAUAAAAAGGUAAUCCAAGAGGACGACCUGGACAUUCAAAUCUGUCUAGUGGACCCUGUUGGAAAGCUUACACGGUCGCUCUACCCUUGCCAGGAAAAAGAUGGCGGUGUUCUGAAUACAAGCUUCCGUGUGGAAGUGGUUGGAAUCUUUUGCGUAGAAGUGCUCCUACUCGGACGGCCAUUUUACAUCCACAAUCAGUCACUGGACAUCUCGGAGAGGUCAAUAUCACCAGUUGAUGAUGUUGCUCAGAGUAUUGACGUCGUGAGGAGUCCCAUUCCUGAUCUAGUACUAUCACAGGAUGACAUGAAACCUUCCAGUUCUCCAAGGCGGCCCUUUAGCUCAUGUUCCUCUAGACCAGAGCGCAGUCGAAUGAUCUAUACAUGUCCUGUUUUUCAUCUUGAUGAAUCAACCCUGCACAAGAAUUGUUUUAUAUCUCAAAGCAAACGGAUACUUUCAAACGCAUCCACAGCGGUUUCACAGUACCAUACGACCCUCGUCAAUAGAGCAAGUGUGUACAACGGCGCUGCGGGCUCGAUAAGUUUCGUCUCUCCCUGUGCGGCAUUUUUUGAGGUGGAAAUAAAGUAUGACAUCUGGGAGGAUCUCAAGCUUAAUGACGUCAUAUGUGAUGUCAUAAUGACAAACUUCGAAUUGUCUCAUUUUACUACACCUCUACGACACCACAACUUAGGUUGGAGCUUUUCUGUAUUGUUUUGUGAGAAGUGCCACCAAAUUUGCAUUGAGUGUUGGGACCACGACGUCAUGGUCGGCCAUUUGCCUGUUGGUCUUGUGUCAAGAAAGUCAUCUUUGAAUAAGAUUAUUGGAAUCUUUGUCGACGACACAAACUCUUGUAUCUCCGUUGUAGACACAACAGAGUCGGAUCUCAUCACCCGAUUUGAUGACGUCAUGUUUGACAAACCUCUUUGGCCCGCAUUUUGCGUCCACCCAUCAGAUAAAUUUACUGUAGAAUUGAAAAUAAGAGCCGACUGUACAUCGAUGUUUAGCGUUCUAAUCGCUAUUUUCGUUUGUAUUCCAUUUGAUGGAACAAGUGCUGCUAGCGAAUUGUUCCACAAUGCGGACUUUGAGAGUAGUUCUUUUUCCGGUAAUUGGGUCGCGAUUGAUUGUACCAUGAUUUCUUAUUCAGGAGACAAGUAUCAUGGAUCCCACAGCGUCAUGGUGUCCAACAGACAUCAUCCUUGGUCAGCGCCACGGCAGACUUUUUCCGUUAGUCCAGGGAAGAACUAUGUGGUUAAGAUAUUUUUUAAGCUCCUUAACCUUCCUUCCGGAAAGCCCUACACCAACGUGGAACUGAUGCUCGCUCUUACAGUUAACGGUAAGCCGAAGUACUCCGUACUGUCACGACUUCCGAUGCAACGUAUGGAAUCAGAAUGGACUGAAAUCAGUGGAGAUUUCCAUGCUGCACAAGGGGCCACCACCGCCGGUAUAUACGUGCAGGUUCCGGACACAGGGGUGGAUUUUCUGAUUGACUCCGCUAGUGCCCAGGAGUUGGCCCACAAUUCCCACUGGUUGUCUGAUGCACAAAAGCGAAUCAACAGCAUCCGGAAGGCUCCUGUCACUUUCAAGCUGCCAUCAGGAGUGAAUGUACACGGGGUGUCUGUCGAGCUGGUUCAGAAGGAGCGUGCCUUCGCGUUCGGUACCUGUGUAGCUGCUGCUUACAUGACCGACUCCCACAAGAACUAUCAAGAUUUUGUGUAUAAUAAUUUUGAAUGGGCUGUCUUAGAGAACGCCUUGAAAUGGAGACAAAUGGAAUGGACAGAAAAUAACAUCAACUAUGCCAAGCCGUUAAAUGCUAUCAAUGCAUUGCGCACACACGGGAUUAAGGUACGAGGACACAACAUGUUCUGGGCGGUGGACGAAUUUGUUCCUCAGUGGCUCUCGGGAAAAUCAAGAGCUGAUCUGUUGUCUUCUAUGAAAAAUCACGUGAACCAAGUGAUCUCGAGGACUAGCGGAAAGUUGGAACAUUGGGAUGUUAACAAUGAAAAUCUCCAUGGUGAUUGGUAUGAACGUCACACGGGGGACCCGAAUAUUACAGAGAAAAUGUUCCAGUGGGUCCACCAACAAGAACCGAACGUUAAACUGUUCCUCAAUGACUACGAAGUCGUUACCUCGUCUAGUGAGACAACAGCUCUGAGGAAUCAGGGACUGCAUCUCAAAAAGGACGGAGUACCAGUUUAUGGCCUUGGUAUCCAAGGUCAUUUCUUUUCACAUAACCUCGACAUGGACGUUCUCAAAUACCGACUGGACAAACUGGCUGAAUCCGGACUGAAGUUGUGGAUCACGGAGCUGACUAUGUUUGAUACGGACAACAACCGGAAGGCAACAAAUUUAGAGAACGUCCUGACCAUGUUCUUUAGCCACCCAGCGGUAGAGGGCGUCUUAUUCUGGGGAUUCUGGGACGAGCGUAUCUGGCACAAACAGGACGCUCUUUUCAACGGAGCAAACAUCACACCAAACGCAGCAGGGCAAAAAUACCUCGACCUUUUCCAUAAAACUUGGAAGACAUAUUUCGUUCACAAUGUAAAUCCCGGGCACACCGUUCACACCAGUGCCUUCCUAGGAGACUACCUACUAAACAUAAAGAAAAAUGGUCACCUCAUUCAUCAAGAAAACUUUAGCCUGGACAAGCCAGGGAAAGACAUCACCAUUCAUCUUACAGGUGAUCACAAUCACGUUUCACAGAUUGCGUUUGGAUAAUUCAAAUGCUUACAGCAAAUAAACAAUUUUGUUUACCUAUGA